AUGAUUGAUAAUGCCCCAAGAAACAAUCAAAUUAAGUCUCCAACAAUUCAAAAGGAAAUAACACGGGCUUAUGUCAAUGAAGUCACAAAUAUCAUUCUUAAUGAUAUAGGUGACAAUGUAUUUUCUCUUAUGGUUGAUGAAUGUCGAGAUAAUUCAGUCAAAGAACAAAUGAAAGUUGUUUUAAGAUACGUGAACAAAUCUGUGCUAGAAAAUGUGUAUGAUGAUGGUACUAAUGAUGAUAGUAGUGAUAUGGAAGGAAGUUUGAUUGAUAAGAUGGAUAAUUAUGAAUUUGUGUUUGUGAUGCAUUUCAUGAAAUAUUUGUUGGAGAUCACAAAUGAAUUGUCACUUGAUUUACAACAAAAUGAUCAAAACAUGGUAUUAGCUGUUCUUGAUAUGAUGAUUCAAGAGUUGAACAAUCGUUUUUCGGAAUCAACUACGGAGGUAUUUACUUGCAUUACUUGUUUAGAUCCAAAUGACUCAUUUUCUCAAUUCGAUAUUGGUAAGAUACUCUACGUUGCUGAACUUUAUCUGGAGAAUUUUUCGUUAACUGGCCGUAUAGUACUUGAGAACCAGCUUCAGACUUACAUUCAAAAUGUACGAAAUGAAUUUCCUAUGAUUCAAGAUUUGGGAAUUCUUGCUAAGAAGAUGAUUGAAACUGAGAAACAUAGAGUUUUUACAUUGGUAUAUCGGUUGAUUGAGUUAGCAUUGGUUUUACCUGUUAUGACUACUUCUGUUAAAAAAGUAUUUUCUGCGAUGAAAAUCAUCAAGACUGAUUUAUGUAAUAGAAUGAGUGAUGAGUGGAUGAACGACAGUUUAGUAGUAUACAUCGAGAAGAAGAUUUCUGUCACAAUUGAAAAUGACAAAUUUUACAAUAUUUUCAACAAAUGA